GUGUGUGGGGUUGGGGCCGCGGGGGCGGUACAUUAGCUACUCUUUGAAGUGAAAAUAAAUAAAGCAAGUGUGGCAAUAUGGAUUGCCGGUAUCUGUUGUAGAUGAAGAUUGGCCAUCAUAUUCAAAGGAAAGCUUCCUAGCUGUGUUUCAAAUCUCACAAACGCCAUAAUAGUGUUCUUAACCUAUUUCAUGUGACAUCACAACAACUUUAUGUAUUUGUUAAAGCGUUUCAUACAACCGGUUCAAGCACUUCAAAAUCUACCAUUCACAAAGCCAUGAAAUGGAAAAUCAUAAGGCUAAAUACGAGAGGUUAUGUUUGUAAAAGUUGGAAUACCUUCAAACUAUUUACUGUAGUAGUAAAGUUUCCCACAAAUUAUAUAAACUUUACACGUAUUGGUCGUGUGCUUACUAAACCACUAGCAAGAAAGACUAAUGGUGUCUAAAUAGUUCCUCUAAGAAAUUCCAAGGAACUAAUUUCAAAACUUCUACAUAGUGAAGUCUGAUUGUAUGGUAUAUCUGCGGCAGAGUGUCAUCUAUGACCAAGUGCAAGAAUGAGUGCAUUUGAUAUCACAGUGCUUCAGUACCUUAUGGCAUAUGGCUUGCCAGUGAUCAGUGUUGUAAGUUUGAUCCUCUGCAUAACAAAACAUUUCUCUACUAUGAGGAACAAACUGCUCUCAAGACUUGUGUCAAGCUUUGAUACAUCAUAUGAGAGAAUUAUGGUUGUUCACAAGAAGAAUCUCUUUCUGCCCCUUCAUGAUGUUGUGUCAUCAGACUGGAAACUCAAGAACAAAGGACUGAUCCGAAUUGUGGAGAUUGGUUUUCGGACAGGAGAAAAUCUCAAGUACUACCCUAAAAACAGUCAUGUCAUUGUGGUUGAUCGCAACUUGUACAUUCAUUCAUAUUUGGAUUCAAACCCUGGUCUUACAAAUAAUGUGAGCAUAGAAGAUCUCUUUGUAUCCUCGGAAUGGAAUCUAGAACCCAUUGCUGACAACAGUGUGGAUGCAGUGGUGGGAACGUUCAUCCUCUGCUCUGCAGACAGAGUGAAUCUAGUUCUUAGCGAGAUUAAAAGGAUCCUAGUUCCGGGCGGACUCUACUUAUUCUUGGAGCAUUGUUCUGAGCCACUGGACACAUUUCUGUACAAAAUUCAGAACUUUCUAACAGUCACAAAAUUGUGGCCUAUGUUAUUUGAUGGCUGCCACUUAAACAGAAACACACUACAAGACAUAAAAUUUGCCAAAUUUUCCGAUUUAGAUUAUCAGUAUAUUACAGUAAACAAUGGGCACAAUAAAUUCUCAAAACUCAUGAGAACUCAUUUCAUUGGAACAGCAGUAAAAUAAAAACAGAAUCUACAGUCGGUGUGUUGGAAAUUGCAACACAUAUCAGGUAGGGGCUUACUUUUCUGUCAUUCUGACUUGUAAUUUGGCGUAAACAGAAUUACUACUUUUGGUACUAUAGCCUGCUUCAUGUGUCGGCAUUCACUAUUGUGAGGUUUCGUACUUCCUAUUCAGGCAAGUGAUAAUAAUCCUGCGGCUUAUAUGACAUGUUAGAUCGUUGGUUUUAAGGUGACGUUUAGUUGGAUAAUACAAGUCAUCCUACAGGCAAGAUUAGCCAUUGAUUCCCCAGUUUAUUUCACCAUAGAAUUCUUUUGGAUUUCCGAGUGGUUAGGUAGGAUUGAGGGUGAUGAAAUGCAAAGGAUAUGGAAAGAAAUGGUCAUGGAUUAUUUUAAGGUACAAUCCUAGUAUUUACCUGGAGAAGCUGAGAAAAAAGCAUGGAAAACCUCAAGACAUCUGGAGCCAUAUUUUAACUUGAACAUCUUGAGUAUGAAGCACUAGUACCGAGCCAUGCCUCAUGGCUCGAAGUGGCUUGUCUCCCCUCUCCGUGUUCUUUGGAGUCGGCGGCUUCGAAACCCUGAUCAGACAGCAGGGCAGAAGGACAGCCUGUGUGUGUCCGCCGGAGAGAGAGAACGACUCGAGGAGAAAGUCGGAAGGCAAGUCAGGGUGUGUGGGGGUUGAGUUGGGCAUCUGGAGUCGCAUACCCAGCCGGAGUGUGUGCCCUGAAAGGUGUCUUGGUUCUGUUUAUCUUAUAUUUAAAUAUUUUUCAUUAAAUAAUAUACUUCGAUUAUUCGAAGUAUACUGAGUGAUAUCAUCGAAGGCCAGGUUGAAGGAAAGC